UUUGGAUGGGAUGCACUCUAUAAAUUCAGUUUUUUUUGGUUUUUUGUACUGCAAUUGGUUAAAAUAGUUCAUAAAAAUAAUUUCAGCAAAUCAACAUUGAAAGUUUGAUUAGGAAAGUUAUUUAUGGUUAGAAAACAUACUGUUGAAUUGUUAAUUUGUGGGAAUUAUUAAAAACAGAUGUGAGAUGGAACUAAUAUCGAAGUAAACAAGUGGAACGAAUUGUUUAUUUUUAGCUUUUAUCUAUUUAUACUGCUGAUAAGAGGUACAGCUUCACACAAUCUUAAAGCCGGUAAGUGUGAGAAAAGAUGAAUUUCGCUGGAAAAGUAGUUAUUGUUACUGGUGCAAGUUCUGGAAUCGGCGCCGCUACAGCCGUAUUUUUAUCGAAACUCGGCGCUAAGCUAUCACUGACCGGACGAAAUGUGGACAAUCUACAAAAGGUUAAUAAGGAUUGCGAGAAAGCGUCAUCUACGUUUCUAGUGCCUGCGGAUUUGACGAAGGAAAGUGAUAUUGAAAAGAUAGUCAAAAACACAGUCGAUCAUUACGGAAAAAUCGAUGUUUUGAUCAACAACGCCGGCAUAAUAGAAACUGGAACCAUCGAGAACACUUCUUUAGCUCAAUACGACCGCCUUAUGAACACCAAUGUACGCUCAAUAUACUAUUUAACCAUGCUAGCUGUACCACACUUGAUAAAAACAAAAGGCAAUAUCGUAAAUGUAUCCAGUGUGAAUGGUAUCCGAUCUUUCCCUGGUGUGUUGGCAUACAACGUGUCUAAAGCAUCAGUCGAUCAAUUCACUAGAUGUGUGGCUUUAGAAUUAGCUUUGAAUGGUGUAAGGGUUAAUUGUGUGAACCCUGGGGUCAUUUUAACGGAGUUGCAAAGACGUGGGGGGUUAAGCGAGGAACAGUAUGCAGCAUUUCUGGAGAGGACAAAAGAGACCCAUGCUUUAGGCAGGCCUGGCAAGCCUGAGGAAGUUGCAGCAGCUAUAGCUUUCUUGGCUAGUGAUCUAGCCAGCAAUAUUACUGGUGCAAGUCUUCCAGUAGAUGGUGGACGUCAUGCUAUGUGCCCUCGCUAAAGAUAUAUUCUUUAAGUACUGUAAUGUACUUACAAGUAUAAUGCGUCCAAACUAGAAUAGGAAAGCCAACAACCUUUAUCUAUCAACUGUCACUUUAAAAAUACGAUUUUCAAGGAAAAUAAUUUGCAUGAUAUGUAAUAAUCUGUUUCUACAUCUAUACUCUAUCCAUAGAGAGAUGUUAGUAUAAGUCUCUCUCUUUUACACUUGUCAUUUGUAUGGGAUUCCAUACAAAAACAAGAAAAUCAGUGGGUGUUAACCAUUUUGUGUCAUCAACCAGUCACCAAUGAAACUAUGCUUUCUGUACUUACUCUAUUAGAGAAGCUAAGUUAUCAAAACUGAUUUGAAAUUCAAUUCAAAAACAGUUUCUUUUGUGACUGAUUGGUGACUCAAAAUGGUUAACACCCACUCAGUUGUCUUUGUCAUUAUUUUGUGUGAAAUUACAUAAGAGAGAGAGAGCUCUUUUUUAACUAACUUUUCUCCAUGGAUAUAGAAAAGUCUUAUCAAAAUGUACUAAAUUUAAGAUAUACCAAAUUAAUAUGGCGGAAAUUCAAUCCUAUUCUUAGUAUGGACACAUUAUAAUGUAUUUAACAUUGUUCGUGCCAUGAAAACUAAAGUGCCUUUAUUUUUAUAUUAAGUGUAAUUAACAGAAUACGUUUUUAUACUUGUUGUAAGGAUACACCUUCGAAGUUGUUUUACACUUUUAUAGCAUUUACUUUCAUUUGGUUUGAUAUAAUAUUAUUAUACAGAUUUAAAAAUUUAAAUAAGAGUCUAUUGUAGCUUU